CUAACCUAUUCUUUCAUGAAAAAAGUACAUGUUCUGAUCGUUCUGAUUGAAUUGGAAUCCAGUGAGACAUAUGAGAAGAGAAGAGAACGAGAAGUCAGUAUGAAAAGUGAGAUCAUGGCGUAGAGUUAUUGAGUUGGAAGUUGUAUAUUUACGUUUGCUGUCACAUUCUGCUGCAGUGUCAGUGACUGUGAAAUAUGUAAACCCAAUUUUUUGUUACUUGUACAAACUGUAAUUGUUGGGAAAAUAGAAACGGAAAGGUUAAUUAAUGUGUAAAAUCUUUAUGACGACAUCGUUGCUUUUUGCAUUAAACUCAGUGACAUUCAGGUGACUGCAUAUGAGUUUAUAUUGGAAAGAAACAAUAUGACGAGUUCAGAACCACGAGAAGUGAUCCGCGUAGGCUCUCGUAACAGUGAGCUGGCCUUAAUUCAAACAAAACAUGUAAUUAACUGCUUGAAGGAGAUCUACCCCAAGAAAAAAUUUGAUAUUGUUACAAUGAAAACGAAAGGAGAUAAAAUUUUGGACAAGUCACUGCCAAAAAUCGGAGAAAAAUCACUGUUUACUGAAGAGUUGGAGCUGGCUUUAGAACAAGGUAGAGUCAGUUUCCUUGUUCACUCGCUCAAAGAUUUGCCGACAACAUUGCCAAAGGGAAUGAUCCUAGGUGCAAUCCUGAAACGGGAAGAUGAACGUGAUGCUGUCGUUAUGUCUAAAAAAUUUGAAGGCAAAACCUUGGAUACGUUACCUGAGGGAAGUAUAAUUGGUACGAGUUCAUUGCGAAGAUCCGCUCAGUUGGCAAGAAACAUGCCUCACUUGAAAGUAGAAAACAUUCGUGGUAAUUUAAACACCAGGUUAAAAAAAUUGGACGAUGAAAAUGGUCCUUUCGCAGGAAUUAUUUUAGCAGCAGCAGGAUUAAAGAGAAUGGGCUGGCACGAUCGAAUAAGUCAGAUACUAGAACCAGAAGAAGCUUUGUAUGCGGUGGGUCAAGGUGCCAUAGGUGUGGAGUGCAGGGAAUCGGAUUGGGAAAUAUUGUCCCUUCUUGACCCUUUGAACGAUGUGCACACCACACUGAGAUGUGUUUGCGAGCGUUCAUUUCUGAAAACCUUGGGUGGUGGAUGUUCGGCUCCUGUAGCAGUCUCCUCUUCCUUAAUUGGAGAAAAUUUAACCAUCACCGGAGCUGUCUGGUCGCUCGAUGGUCAAACUUUAAUUCAGAACACGCUGAAAAAGAAGCUCUUUAUACCAGACGACGACGGAGAACCGCCCAAAAAGUGCCCGUAUAGAGAGCCUCGAUUGUACUGCAGUGUCGCUCCAGGAAAAGUAAGUGGUCUAAGUCUCGCUGGCGCCGAAGACCUAGGAAAUGAAAUCGCCCAAAGUCUCGUUGAUAAGAACGCUUUAGAAAUCAUGUUAAACGCACGAAACGAAGUUCUCAAUCCGACAAUAUCAUAGCAGCUUUAAAGUUGUUUUUCCUUUGAAAAUGACUUAAAUAGUACUUAUUCCAUUUAUUGUAGAAUAAACAUUUUGGAAAUAUGAUUUUAGUAAAGCUCACUCAGAGAAACAUUUCAUGGAUUCUAUGCCAGCUUAGAUUGCAAUAGUUUGUCUGACGCUACUGCCAACCCGACCAUGACACAUUUUCUGGACUUAAAAGUCUCAUUUAUUCAGCAACAAAAUUAAAUACGCAACGAAAUAGAAGCGACAUACUUUUAAGAAUACAAAGGAAAUGUUUAUUUCUUGUUUGAGUUGUCAUGGAAUCCACUCUUUCAGAAGGUUUAUUAAUUUGUUAUAUAAUCUAUUAUUGUUUUAUAAGUGUUGGGCAAUAACUUAUUACUUUUAUUAUGUUGUAAGGAAUAAUAGUUACCUUUUUUCUCAGUAACUGUAACUAGAGCAGUUCUAUAUAUAUAACAAUUGUUACUUUUGGAAUAUAACUUUAUGUUGAUAAAAAAUUAUAAUAAUUAUA